ACAAAACAAACGAAAACAAAUUGCCCUUCAAUUACGGAAAGAUACAUAUUUUCAACUUGAUCAGUUAAGUUUUUUAGUUUACUAUUAAAAAUGGGUGGCCAUAAAAUGGAACUACCUAAAGUUCCAGAUUAUAGAAUAUAUAAAGUUGAAGACUGCCCACAAUUAAUGAAAACACAAAGAAUGCUCGCUCAACAUGGACUUAAAGAUCCAUGGUUACGAAAUGAAGUUUGGAGAUAUCCACCAGCUUCACGAAAUCCAUGGAAUGUUUACAAAGAAGUGUUUUUCCGAAGGAUAAAAUUGGGAUUUGCUUUAGCUGUACUCACUGUCGUAGGAGAGAAAACCUAUCAUCAUUUUUAUCCUGAAGAGCACCAUCAUCAUUAAAAAAAAAUUUACAAUAUAAGUUGAUUGUAGUAAAAAUAAAUAUCAAAAUUAA